CAGUGCGCCAGAUAUUGUCACAACACACACGGUGCGACUCUACAGCUCUCAACUGUCGCCAUGGGCAAGCCGACGGUGUUUGAGAUAAGUUAUGACCAGCCUGAUGGGGUGUAUAGCUCUGGUAGUAAAGUGAGCGGCUAUGUCCGGCUGGCUUUUGAUGCGCCAACACAGAUUAGAUCAAUUAGCAUUCGGUUUAAAGGCAGAGCUAAAAUUCGGUGGACUGAUGUGUCCGUUAAGAAAUUGUUUAUUACCACAGAACCAUACUUUGAUCAGACGCACAUGCUUCUGGGUGCUGCGCCAUUCAAUACCCUAAUUGACUACGACCUACCCAGGGGACUCCAUUGUUUUAAAUUUGAGUACCAGCUUCCUCUCGGUCUCCCGUCAUCAUUUUGUGUGUCAAAGGAUGGCUGUAAAGUGGAGUACCUGGCAGUGUGUACCGUCGUGUGGCCUGGAAGAUCGAAGAAAAAGAUGAAAUUGUCAUUUACUGUCAUUGGUUGUCUUGAUCUGAAUAGGUUUAUAUCAAUGAGACAAGAGGGCAGGAAAGAGCAACAGGUGUGCUGUUGUUGCUGUGCAACUGGCCCCAUCAAGGCCAGGUUUCACAUUGAGAAGAAUACCUUCGUCCCUGGAGAGGCCAUCAAACUCUUUGCUGAAAUCCACAACGGCUCUGGGAGAAUCAGUCAGACAUUCGUUUCUCUAAACAUGCAUUACUCUUCGAAUUACGACCGAGAGAAGCAUAUCUCUUCGAAAGAGGUUACCAGGGUAACAAGACCUGGCAUAGCACCAUACGAGACCGAUGUCUGGUCUGGUGAAGAACUCGUUAUUCCACCAACUCCGCCGUCCUUUCUUCCAGGUUGCAAUUUGAUUGACAUCCAGUACUUUUUGGAGGAGGAUGAUUUCUUUUGUUUAGCGAUAGAAUCCUCCAAAGAGUGA